UCGCAUGAGUAACACUGUGGAAGAAAGCCAAACUUUGUGAUUCGAAAGAAGGUUUGCCAAACUUUGUAACUCAAAGACAGUUGACAGGCUCAAAAACUCCUGAUGAGAAAUAACACAAGGUACAUCUAUCAGCGCCUUAUUUACUGUUACCUAAACACCUGUCUUUUGCUCCACGGAGCAUCCGCGAAGCAAUGCGGGCCAGGGAUGCAGACAGAAUAUGGGACUUACCUGAAAGGUCACGUGAUGGAAAAGCGGCCAGGGAUUGGUGUAGAAGGUUGCACUUCAGCUUGCCUUGACCAUGCUGACUGCAAAAGCAUCAACUUCGACCGGGCGACCCACAUGUGUGAGCUGAACAAUGCAAGCAAGGAGGAAUUCCCGGAGCACGUGACCCGGAAUCACAGGUUCCUUUACGCCACUAACGACUUCCAUGAACAGCCGCCCUUCGAAGAAUCUUGCGCUGAUUGGCUAAAACGUGACCCAAGCCUGAAAAACGGGUAUUACUGGGUAAAGACAAAAAACAAACGGAAGAAGAUGAGAGUAUACUGUGACAUGGAAAGAUUUGGCGGCGGGUGGACGCUGGUUGUGACUAUCAACGCCACGAACAACGAUCAUCUUCAGAAAGCUGAGAACAACUGCGCAGACUCCGUCACCUGCGUGACCUUCACCGAGACUGACAUCCCGGGCAGGAAGCUCUCUGAUGAAGACAUCCACGAGAUCGCAGGAAAUGAAGGUGUUUUCCAAGUAGAAGUACCCUUAAACUCAUUGUCUAUUGAUGCUGUCAAAAAGAAUGCCACUGUCUUCUACAAGAUUCCCAGUGGAGCUCAAAACUUUGACUCUUCAUGCAAGGGAAACCAGCUUAACUGUCCCCGCAUCAUAGUUUCGUUUGUCUACCCGUACAAGUGGGAGUCCAAUCCAUGCAAUGAUAUUACUGUUGGCUACAAGAUAUAUCCUAAACAACAUAGCGUUUUCGAUACUCAUGAUAACAAUGAAUGCGGCAAAAGAUGGUACGCAAGCCGACACUCAGGUGAGUCUCGUUCACCUUCCAACACGCAUCAAAUAACCUACCCGGGCACAUCACAACAAUACCGCAACCAUUCCGCCAGUACCAUCACCAUAUAUAACAAUUCUACAACCACCACACCAAACCACUACAAUAACUAUUCCACCACUACUAAUGCUACCGUAACCAUUUCACCACUACCAUCAAUACCGUAUAUAACCAUUCCACUACUGCCAUCACUACCAUAUAUAACCAUUUCACCACUACCAUCACUACCGUAA